AUGGAUAUUGUGUUGGAAAUCGCAGAUUCCUUUCUUCUUGAUAAGCUUUACGCCAAAGCGUUGCCCAAGGAUGGAGCAGUGGCUCAAUAUAUCGCUAACAACUUUGGCAGCAAAAACGCUACCGCUCCGGCCCAGGGGCUCCACAUGCCUGCGCCAGUGACUUAUUUGGCCUCGUUGGCUGGCAAACUCCAGAGAAAAGACGAAGUUUACGGCCACUUCCCCCAGUUUUUCGAUUUCGAUGAAUACACCAACGCGUCGCUUCUCUCAAGAAGCAAUCUCAUCAGAGAGUUUGUUUCCAUCUUCUUUAUCACUGCUAUUUUUGGGUGGAUUCUUUACUUUUCCGUGGCGUCCUUCUCGUAUUUCUUUGUGUUUGACAAGAAGAUUUUCAACCACCCAAGGUACUUGAAGAACCAAGUGUCAUUGGAAAUCUGGCGUGCUACUACUGCCAUCCCAGUGAUGGUGCUUCUCACAGUGCCUUUCUUCAUGGCAGAACUCAACGGAUUCUCCAAGCUUUACUUUAACGUGGACGAGUCCACCGGCGGUUGGAAAGCCGUAUUGUUACAGUUCCCCUUCUUCAUUUUGUUCACCGACUGCGGCAUCUACUUCAUCCACCGCUGGCUACACUGGCCUUCCGUGUACAAGAAGCUCCACAAGCCCCACCACAAGUGGAUUGUUUGCACCCCAUUCGCUUCGCACGCUUUCCACCCAGUUGACGGAUGGUUCCAGUCGUUACCUUACCACCUCUACCCCAUGGUGUUCCCGUUGCACAAGGUUUCCUACUUGCUUUUGUUCACUUUCGUUAACUUCUGGACCGUCAUGAUCCACGACGGCCAGUACAUGUCGAAUGACCCCGUGGUCAAUGGCACAGCGUGCCACACUGUGCACCACUUGUACUUCAACUACAACUAUGGCCAAUUCACCACGUUGUGGGACAGAUUGGGCCGCUCGUACAGAAGGCCCGACGACUCUUUGUUCGCUAAGAACACUAAUCAGGACACCGAGAAGAAGGUAUGGAACGAGCAGACCCGCAAGAUGGAGGCCAUCAGAGGCGAGCUCGAGGGCAAGGAUGAUGACAGGGAGUACGGGAACUAA